UUUUGGCUUUUUUUUUUUUUUGUUUAUAAUAAAAAAAACACCUUUUUCUUAUUACACCAACAAUUAUAAAAUGCAUCGUUUUAUCGUAUUAUUUACUUGUUUAAUGAUGAUGGUGCAAGCCGCGCCUGUGCCCCAAGUAUGGAUGGACGAACAAGGAGAUGUUUUUGCCAUUGCAUUGGACGCAACCUUUCAAAAAGACGCCACUAUCCCUCCCUCAACUCAAUUGCUACUGGAAAGCAUGAAUGAUAUUGGCUUGGAUGAGGAUGAAGAUAAUAUGUAUACCAUCAGCUCAACUGCGUUGGUAAUGACUCCUGAUCCAUCUGUUAAAGAUAAAAUCAUCAAUUAUGUUAAUACUAUGUUCACUAUCUCUUCUUAAUCUCCCUAUAUUCAUUUCUUUCAUUCAAUUCAUUGUCCUAUAUAUCAUUCAUUAUAAUCAAUAUCUUUGUAUAUAAUAUCAUCAUUUAAUUGUUUUUGAUUCAAAAUAAACUAUCAUUUUUUAUUUCUAAAAAAAAAAAUUG